CAGAAGAAAACACAGGUAGAGUCUUAUGUUAGCUUUCAAUUUCAAACUCUAGUCUACUCUUACCACAACCCAGAAAUUGUUCUCUUUACUCUAUAAUUUCUUCACCCAUUAAUUAGAUCCGUAUCAUGGAGCUGGCUCUGAGCUUAGGCGACACACCAAAGCCUUUCUCUUUGGCCACAAAAUUACCCUCCAUAGCACUUGAGGACGAGAGAAAGGGUUCAUCAGAUCCACCCCUUCAGCUCCACCUUCUUCCUUCAACACCCGUUCCUCCAUCUCAACCUUCUUCACACUUUCCCAUUCCAUGGCUCAUGCAUGCACUGAGUACGGAACGUGCCACGUCAGAGGUUCCGACGAGGGUGUUGGACGUGAACCGAUUCCAGUCGCCGCCGGUGGAUGACACCGACGACGGUGCUGCACUUUCAUCCCCCAACAGUGCAGUGUCAUCUUUUCCGAUGGAUUUUUGUAUCAGAAACAGUAAUGCAGAUGCAGCCAGAAACACUGAGGGUGCUGACAGAACUAGCGAUGACGAAGAAAAUGGCUCAACACGGAAGAAACUCAGACUCUCCAAGGAACAAUCAGCUUUUCUCGAAGACAGCUUCAAAGAACACACCACUCUCAACCCUAAGCAGAAACUUGCUCUUGCAAAACAGUUAAAUCUUCGUCCUCGUCAAGUUGAAGUUUGGUUUCAAAACAGAAGGGCAAGGACAAAGUUGAAGCAGACGGAAGUGGAUUGUGAGUACUUAAAGAGAUGCUGUGAGAGUCUGACAGAAGAGAAUAGGAGGUUGCAGAAAGAACUGCAAGAACUGAGAGCUUUGAAAACUUCUCAACCGUUCUACAUGCAGCUUCCAGCUACCACCCUAACCAUGUGUCCCUCUUGCGAACGGGUUGCCACCAAUAAUAACAAUGCUUCUCGAAUCCCUGCUACGUUGUGUCAUACAAAGCCCAGAAUCUUGCCCUUAUCUAAUGCUCAAGCCCAACCGCAGGAGGCCCAGAUGGCCCAUCAGAUUGCUUCAUGAGAAGAUUGACCAUUUCAUUUUUGGUCUUACAAGUAUAAUAAUAAUACAUAACAAAGAGGACAAAGAACAUUCACUU